AUGGAGAUAGAUAGUCGUAGUGCUGUGGACAUGGAGAAGGAAGAUGACCGUUGUCUCAUUGAGCAAGUGGAGUUGACGGUGCCGAAAACCGAUGAUCCCACCUUGCCGGUGCUCACAUUCCGAAUGUGGGUUCUCGGUUUGGUCUCAUGUAUCCUUCUCUCCUUUGUGAACCAGUUUUUCUGGUACAGGACUCAGCCCUUGACUAUCUCAGCCAUCAGUGCACAGAUUGCUGUGGUGCCACUCGGACAUUUCAUGGCGAGAGUGCUUCCCACGCGCAGCUUUUUCCAAGGUACUCAGUUAGAGUUCACCAUGAAUCCGGGGCCUUUCAAUGUCAAGGAACAUGUUUUGAUCACCAUAUUUGCGAAUUGCGGGGCUGGGACUGUUUAUGCUAGUCAUAUCUUGACUGCUGUUAAGCUCUUAUACAAGAGGAAGCUCACUUUUCUUCCUGCCUUUAUUGUUAUGCUCACCACUCAGGUUUUGGGGUUUGGUUGGGCUGGAAUUUUCAGAAAAUAUCUGGUUGAGCCAGAGAAGAUGUGGUGGCCCGGUAAUCUGGUUCAGGUUUCAUUGUUCAGUGCUCUGCAUGAGAAGAGCAAAAGGCCUAAAGGAAGCAUGACUCGUACCCAGUUCUUCCUCGUAGUGAUGAUUGCCAGUUUUGCUUACUAUAUCUUCCCCGGUUAUCUUUUAAUUAUGCUAACAACUAUCUCUUGGGUUUGUUGGAUUCGACCCAAGUCUAUUCUAGUUAACCAGCUGGGUUCUGGCAUGAAUGGCCUUGGAAUUGGUUCUUUUGCAAUUGAUUGGUCUACUAUUUCAUCAUAUCUUGGUACUCCUUUGGCUAGCCCAUGGUUCGCCUCAGCCAACGUUGCUGUUGGAUUUUUCCUUGUCAUGUAUGUGAUGACACCCAUCACAUACUGGUCUAAUAUAUACAGCGCCAAAACAUUCCCAAUAUUUUCUAGCCACUUGUUCAUGGCGAAUGGUUCUAUGUAUGAGGUCCUCGAUGUCAUUGAUUCCAGGUUUCAACUUGAUCACGGCGAAUAUGCAAAGAAGGGGCCUCUGCAUUUGAGCACCUUUUUCGCUUGUACUUAUGGUCUUGGAUUUGCUGCACUUUCUGCUACAGUUAUGCAUGUUCUACUCUUUAAUGCAAGGGAUAUACUGGACGCGUUUCAUGGAAAUAAGAAAAAGGAUGUCCACACAAGGCUUAUGAAGAGUUACAAAUCGGUGCCAACAUUGUGGUUUAUCAUCAUCCUUGUGAUCAAUAUUGCUCUUAUCAUUUUUGCUUCUGUGUAUUACAAGGAGUCACUUCAAUUGCCUUGGUGGGGUGCAAUGCUUGCUUGUUUCAUGGCCUUUGCGUUCACAUACCCAAUUGGUGUCAUCUAUGCCACAACAAACAUGGAACCAGGUUUGAAUGUCAUCACAGAAUAUGUGAUUGGAUACCUGUACCCUGAGCGCCCUGUAGCUAACAUGUGCUUCAAAGUGUAUGGUUACAUUAGCAUGACACAAGCCCUACAAUUUGUAAUGGAUUUUAAGCUUGGUCACUACAUGAAGAUUCCGCCAAGAGCAAUGUUCACAGCACAGAUGGUAGGAACCGUUGUAGCAGUGGUUGUAUACCAAUGCACAGCGUGGUGGCUGAUGUCAGACAUUCGCAACCUCUGUGAUACCUCCCUGCUACCACCAGGCAGCCCUUGGACUUGUCCAAUGGACCGCGUGUUCUUUGAUGCAUCUGUUAUCUGGGGUCUCGUUGGACCACGCAGAAUUUUUGGAAACCUUGGUGAAUACAGUAACAUCAACUGGUUUUUCCUCGGGGGCGCCGUUGCUCCAGUUCUUGUUUGGCUUGCGCAUAGGGCUUUCCCCAAACAAAAAUGGAUUCUCGCUGUUAACAUGCCUGUCCUGCUAGGUGCGACGGGGAUGAUGCCCCCUGCCACGGCUAUAAACUUUACAAGUUGGAUAUUUGUGGCAUUUGUUUCAGGCUUUGUUGUCUUCAGGUACCGGCAAGAUUGGUGGAAGAAGUAUAACUAUGUUGUCUCUGGUGGUCUUGAUGCCGGAACUGCCUUUGUUACAAUAUUGUUAUUCCUUACCUUGCAGUCCCAGAACAUUAAUCUCGAGUGGUGGGGGAACAAAGGAGAGCCAUGUCCCUUGGCUACAUGCCCUACUGCCAAAGGGGUUAUUGUUGAUGGCUGCCCGGUCCUCUAAGAUGAAAUUUCAUAAUUUUAGAUCUUUUAGAAGAAACAAUCUUUACUUUAGUCUGUAAAUUGCUUGUCUUGGGUUCUUUUGUAGGCAACUUUUAUUUAGAUUUCAUAUAUUGAUGAUGAAGAAACUUAAGAGCGUUUGAUGUAGAGAUGUGUUUGAAUAAAUGACAUUAUACUCUCCAU